GGCACUAAUUGUUCUAGGUAAGCGAACAAGUUGUGCCAUCACGAGAUAAGGGUAUUUUACUGACGAUAAAAGUUCAUCGCAAUGCAAAGUUCCCUGGAUGAUUCUGUCUAAUUAAUGUGAAACAAAACAUUUGAUGGACAUUUAAAUAUUUAAAUAGUGGAUUCCUGACAUUUAUUCUUGUAUUAACAAACUCUCUUGUCCUGUGUUUCCAGAAAACUUAACUUUACGGAUUAACCUAACACAAAUAUAUGGAGAAAAGUUAACAAUAAAUCCAGAUAUUUUUUCUCUUUCAAUAAGUUGACGAUUCAGCGUGAUCAGUUCUACUUCUUCCUUUGGAUACAUUAAUCAAUCAGAUUGUACAAAUGAAUUAAAGUGGACAGUAAAAUUAAAAUUUAAAAAAAUCAUGUUUUCACUGUUAGCUGAACUCAACCAUAAUUGUAUCAUAAAAUUAUCUUAUACAAUCUGCUUCAUAUAUGUAAUAUUUUUCAUCAAUUACGCUGUUACAUUUAGUCCUAUUGUAUUAAGAGAUAAUACACGUGAAAAUGAAAUUGUAUCUAAAGAUUUCCUAUUAAAUUAUUAUCAGUCAGGUUAUAAAUUGUCAUUAUUGCAAUCAUCUAAAGGACGUGAAUAUUUUGAUAUUAAUGAAAAUCAUCAGUUGAUAACAUCACGUUUUAUAGAUCGUGAUAAAUUAUGUCUACAGUCUAGAUUAUGUUGUCCACUCGAAGGAUCUACAACAACAGUAACUGUGACAUCAACCAUUUCUUCUAAUAUUGGUUCGCUUGGACAUACCAACUUUAUGGAUUAUCAGUAUAAUUAUCUUCCACAUACAACAUCUAGAAACAAUAUACAUGGAUUACCGACACAAUCAAUUUAUUAUCCUAAUUUAUGUUCUGCCAAAAUACAUGAUACGAAAGCUCUAUAUAAUCCAAUGUGUACAUUUAAUUUAACUGUGUCAGUUAUGAUAUCACCAGCUGAGGUACCAGAUACACAUCAGAUUACAAUUAUUAUAUGUGAUGAAAAUGAUCAUGUACCACAGUUUAAAAAUCCUAAUGACCACUUAAGAAUGUUAUCAGGACAAAAGAGUUUUCCAGGAUCUUUCAAUGUACAACCUAUUCUUACUACAAAUUUAUCUGAAGCAUCCCCAGUAGGAAGUCGUAUAGUCUUACCAUUGGCUGAAGAUUUGGACUCCUCACCAUUCAAUGUUCAACGUUAUGAGUUAGAAAAUCUUGAUCAUUUAAUUACCAGUGAGUCAGAUUUACAUAUGUUCCAACUGAAUUACACAAAAAAUAUUGUUACUAGUUCUGAUGGACAUUAUCCUUCACAUUCUGUUGGUCAUGUAUCAGAUGACAGAACAGAGUCGGUUAUUUCAAAACUUGAACUUGUUUUACUGAAACCUCUGAAUCGUGAAGAGAAAGAUGAGUAUAAAUUACAGAUUCUUGCCAUUGAUGGCGGUCAACCACCACAAACUGGUACACUUUUUUUAUUUAUUCAUGUAAUAGACAUAAAUGACCAUGCACCAGUUUUUAACCAAUCAGUUUAUGAAAUUCAUGUCAGUGAAGGAAUUAUAAAUAAAACCAUAUUACAAUUGAGUGCUACAGAUGCAGAUGUUGAAGAGAACGCUGUUAUAAUUUAUAAAUUUCCUAAAGGUUCCGAAUGGAUUACUUCAACAUCCUCAUCACUUAUCAGUAAUGACAUAAAGAAUGUAAACAAAUAUCCACCAGGUUAUUGGUUUCAUUUAGAUUAUUCAACUGGUAGACUUUCGAUUCAGAGACCACUUGAUUAUGAAACAAAAUCAGAACAUAUUUUCGAAGUUCUAGCUUAUAAUCCACCUUCAGUUUUAUCGUCAUCAAACCACAGAGUAUCUUCAGAUAUGACAGCAACAGCUAAAAUUAUUGUGAAAGUUGAUAAUGAAUAUGAUGAACCUCCAUUUAUUCAAAUUGAUUAUUCUAACGAGAAAAAUGAACAAUAUAAACAUGUUACAGAAAAUUCUAUGAAUUUAUAUUUUAUCGCUUUCAUCAUAGUCACAGAUCCUGAUUACAAUGAUAACAACAAUUACCAUUCACAUUCUUCCUCUUCCUUGUCUAAAACUGCAUCAAUCUCAUGUAAAUUAGAGACACAUAACGAAUCCUACAGUUUGUUCGAAUCAGAUAAUUAUAAAUUGAAUAAAGCAAAUGAAGUAAGAUAUGCUUUGCAAACAAUUAAAUCAUUAGAUCGUGAACUAGGGGAUGAGAACAGAGUUGUAAUUAGUUGUACAGAUUCGGAUACACCGCCGAAAACGUCGACUGCAACGGUUGUGGUAAAAAUUGAUGAUCAAAAUGAUUGCAUUCCAGAAAUUCAUGUUUCUACAAUAAGUUUGACAGCGGCCAACAUUUACAAAACAGAUAAAUUUCAGCAACAACAACCGCAACAUUACAUACCAGUACAACCAUGGUCAAUGAAAAAGUUAACUUAUUUAUUAGAUAAUGAACAAGACAAGCACAAAGUAUAUAAUUCACCUAUAUUUUUAGCAUUCUUAGCUAAUAUUUCUGUAUAUACUGUAUAUAUACCUGAAAAUAGACCAUCAUCUACCUUAAUUGCUCACUUAAAUGCUAUUGAUAAUGAUUCCGGUGAAAAUGGUCGUGUUACAUUUGAAAUGAUUGAGUCAUAUUCAUUUAAUAAUUUAUCUUCAAAACUAAGCUACUCACCACAACUUCAACAUAUUCUACUAAAUCAACAUACUUAUAAUAAUAAUCAUAUGAAUGAUGAUGUAAUUGAAAUACAUAGUAAACAGGAAGCAUUUAAUUUAUUUCAAUUAAAUACAACUCAUGGUGAUUUAACAACUCGUCAACUAAUUGAUCGUGAAGAAAAUGGAAUAAUAACAAAUGAAGUAUUUGUUUUGAUUAAAGCUACAGAUCAUGGUGUUUCACAUCAAUUACAUUCGUUCGCUUUAAUUCAAGUAAUUAUCGUAGAUGAAAAUGAUAAUCCUCCAAAAAUUAUCAGCACGGGGCCCACAUUUAACAUUGAAGAAAAUCAGCCAACUGGUACUAAAAUAGGUGGAAUUGCAGUGAUUGAUCCUGAUAUAUUUUCAUUUGCACAACUUGAUGAUAUUUAUUAUCCUGGGUUACUUGAAAAACAAGCUGAUGAUUAUUUUGGAAAAUCAUCAAGUUUCUCUCAAUUUCUAAAACAACAACAACAACAGCAUAAAGGAUUACAAGUACGUAUUGAUCCAGGACAUGGAAGAAGAGAUCUACCUUUUACAUUACAUGAAAUCGGUAAUGGACUAUACUUUUUGAAUACAACACGCCCAUUAGAUCGUGAAACAGAGGAAGCUUUUCAAUUUAAUAUUAUUGCUACAGACAAUGAACCUGUUCGUACUUAUCAUGAUAUAAAAAAUAAUUAUCCAAGUGCUAAUAUUAUAAAUAAUCAUCGUUAUCCGGGUCAUACAGCUUCAUUGUCUAUUAUUGUCAAUGUGAUUGAUGUGAAUGAUAAUAGACCAGAGAUUAUAUUUCCUAAUCCAAUUACAUCGAAUUCUACCAUACAUCAUUUAUCAUAUCGUGUUUACUCUGGUCAUGAAAUUAUCAGUAUUAACGCAAAUGAUCGUGAUGCUGAUCAGUUCAAUGGGAAAUUUCAUUUUGAAAUGGUACAAGAUUUGAAAAGCAGUGAUUUAUUUACGAUUGAUCGAGAUAAUGGUAUGUUGAAAACACGUCGUACAUUAACAAAAGAUGAUCUAGGCGAAUAUCAAGUGCAUAUAAUAGUACGAGAUGAAGGUCAACCAUCAUUGGAAACACAGUUGUUAUUACGUUUAUUAAUUGAUCAGUCUGAACCACAAUGGUCAUCAGAUAUAAAAAAUAAUAGGAAAUAUCAGUUUAAUGAUUUUAUAUCAUCGUCAUCAUCAUCUAAUCAAAUGCUCAGUAAUAAUCAUCAUUCUAUUAGAAAUAAUCUUGACUUAUACGAUAGAAGUCGACAGGAAUUACACACUACCAGCAAUGAUUUAUUGACAUUGCCCUUAUUUAAAAAUCUUGAUUCAAAUGUUCUUCUCUUUAUUAUCAUUAUAGUUAUUUUAUUUUUUAUUCUGAUCAUGAUUGGAUUAUGUAUUUAUUUACGUCAUAAAUAUAAUUUUCUUCAUUUUAUCCCAGAUAUAUAUGAUAAUAAUAAGUGUUUAUGUUGCAGUACAUGUCUGUUGUCUAGACGUAGUCAAUCAACGUUGUCAUCGAACAUUGAUGAAAAGCCUUAUAUGAAAAAAUUACUUGAUCAUGCGACGGUUACUUCAACGACCACUACUACUAAUAUAACUAAUAUAACAGUGAUGACGACAAAUACAGCAACAACAACAACGUUGAAAUAUUUGAAUCAUAUUGAUUAUGGAGUAUGUACAGAUUUAUUAAAAUAUAAACAAACAAAUUUCAAUUUGGGCUCGUUAACACCAAUUAGUCCAAUAUGUUGUAGCCACUCUGUUGUACCCAUUUCACAUAAUCAUCAUCAACAACGACAGCGAGAACACCGUCUGAUCACUAAUAGUCGAAAUCGUCGACAUAAUGAGAAUCAAGAUUUCUUUGUGGAUUCUGAUGUAUCUUCAAAUGUUCUCGUUGCUGAUAAUACUAGUAGUUUUAACAAUUCCCUUUCGCCAUCUCACUCAAAUUAUGAUUUUAAUGAUUUUAGUCGUAAGCACACUUCAUAUGUUACUAAUAGCAAUCAUAGAUGUUGGCCAGUAAAUCCAUUGACUGUAAAUAUACCUAAUAUUGUCAAUGAAACUAAUGAUACAAUGCAUGGCAGUUAUUAUCACUUUGUUCCGAAUUCAUUUGGAGUAGAAUUCCCUAAUCAAAGUAAAAAGAAUUUCUAUCGUGGCUACAAACCAGGUAAUGGAUUGUUACAUGCCUACAAUAUUGGUGAACAGCAACAAUAUGUUCCUAAUGGGCGUUUAUGUUACAUUAAUGAAUGUAAUGAGACAUCAAAUGCACAUGUAGCUCCGAGAAAUGAAUGGGAUGCUUCUGAAUUCGAAUUUCGACCAAUUAAAGAUAAUAUCAAUUCAUAUCAGGUAUUUACAGUUAAAUUUAUUUCUUAGAAUAUUUUAAGAUCUAAAAUAGGAUAACACAAUAGAUAGAUCGGUGAUUUAUAUCGAUAUAGAAUAACCCAAUGAAAUAAUAGGCUUACAGGAUUUACAACCUAAGUUAUUGUUAUUUUUCGAAUUACCAUACUUUUAUUUAUUAUUACCAAAAAUUGUCUAUAGAUGUCCGUAUUUCCAGGGAUUAUACUGGUUUCGAAAUUAGUCUUAAUUACGGACUGACAUCUGCUGGAGAACCAUUGAAAACCUGGGAAACAUACAUCACCAUCAUCUGGUUAAAUAAAGUUGAUUAACGUUACUCCUUGAAAAUUAUUGAUAAGUUUGGCGAAUACUAAGACUAUUUGUUUAGAUAAUAUGUAACAGUCUAUUUUGGACCGUUCAUUAACCCAUUCGGUGUAAUCCUUAACAAGUUAAUUAUUCUUACUGCUUUUAUUACAAGUUAGUAGUUUGAAUUAUUGUUCAAAUGGGUUCUUUGUAUGUUCACUACAGGACAUUUAGUUCUAUCUUAUUACGAAAUAAUGACAUUUGACGAUAAAUGCCCACAACAUACUAUAGAGAUAGACAUUAUCGACCAUUGGAUGUUGUACCAUCGAUUUGAACAACAAAUAUAGAUUUAAAAGUUCUAAGAUAUGAUUACUGAAGAAAACUAUUGACUACGACAACACGACCGCUAGUCAUUCACUGUUCUUUUUGAGCCAAAUUCACUUGGUAAUUAGGACUUUCUGCAUAUUAUUCAGUUAUUGGAAAUUUUUAGCCUAAAAUAUACGGUCAUUUAUUUAUUUAAACACAGAAACAUUGGUACAAGAAGGCACCAAAUACAUAUGCUCCACACAAAUCAUCCGAUACAUUCAAGGGCUGGAAUACUGCCCAGGCACCCAAAGUGAAACAGGACAUGCUCAUUUUAUUGUAUAAAAAGGAAUUUUAUCUUAUCCACCUAUGUAUGAAGUAGUUAGAUACUCUUAUUGUUGUUACCGGACAGGUUUUGCUAAUCAUUCAAAAUAAGAUCAAGUGAAAUUGGUUCAGUUUGUCAGCAGCAUUAUAAUUUACAUUUUUAGUUAAGUUGGAUGAUAGGUAGCAAUAAAAUCCAGGAUGCGCGCUUCAUCCUAUUUGUGACUUGUCAUUUAGAUAUACCUGCAUUCCAGUGUUGACGUUUACACUGAAAAGCAUGACGAAUUGCUGUCCUUGACAUCAUCAACAGUGGGAAGGUUCAAACCCUUACAUUUAAAAUAACAGACUAUUCACAUUGUAAACAUUUGUGGCUAUUUGAACUCAAUAGUUCAGUAGAAAAUGCGUUGGCGUUUGAAAUGAUAAGUAUUAGGUUGGUUUUAGUGUGAACAUCAACAUUAAGACGCAAGCAUCUCGAGCAGACGAAUCCAAAAUAUGACGAAACGCGCGUCCUAAAUCCAACUUGCAGCUUCCGUCUAACUUUACUAAGAAAGUACGUGUAUCUAGGUGGCAGCAUCAAUACGAUCCACCUAAGAUGUAUAUAGACCAAAAAGAAACCAAUCGUUUGCAGUGCUUAAACGUCAACAACUAAAAAGCUCGAACUCUAACAUAAUAUAAUUUGUGUUUAUUUAAGUUUUCAUAUUGAAUUGAUUAUUUUAUCUAUUUUUCCUCGCUACCUACACAACGACAGACUGCUUCUUUCAUGGAAAGCGGUAAAUCAGAUGAUUAUGUGAGACCUCAAGUUCACUCAAUUCGUAGAACGCCUAUCCCGGACAAUGAUCAAUAUAUUGGAAAUAGCAGUAGUGUUUGUUAUCCACAACUUACAUCACAUUUAAGUGUAUGGAAAUCUGAUCCAUAUUUGAGUCAAAGUAUGCAUGAUUUGAUUAAAAAGCAGCAUAAUAAAGGAAGUAACCAAAUAUGGACUGAAACAAAUUUUUACAAUAAAAUUGGUUCUACAUUAGAUGGUAUAAACCUUAUACCGAAGUAUUACGACACACAAUUAAAACGAUCCAAGUCCACCAGGUAUACCACUGAUAAAGAUUUAAACAGUACGAAACUCCAAAGCAAAACCAUGCCCUUCAAUUCGAAUUUUAAUAAUGGGGAGGAUCAAACAAGUAAACAAUUAAGAAUGAUAACAGUGCAUCCAUCCUUGGACAUGAAAGAUAAAAACGACACAAUUACUACUGGUUGUCACAACAACAGUAUUACCACUACUGAUAAUAUUAGUAAUAAUAUUCAUUGUACUAAAACUAAUCAAAUGUCACAUUACGCUAUUUCAUUUCCGACUGUGCAAGCUAGUUUUGUUUAGGUUAUUUGGAGAGAAAUACACAUUAAAAUAAUUCGAUAAAACAAUUUUCUAUAUAUUUACAUAGUAUAUGCACCCAAUUUGUUUAUUGUAAAUAUACAAUACCUACAUUAUAAGCUCCGAUUGUCUCUUC